UCGCAGGUUGACUCACAGUGGAUGUUGGUUGUUUGGGAGCAACAUCCUCGUUUAAUUUUAAAGUAAAAGUUUACCGAGUGGGGAAAGCUUUGCAAAUUGUUCUUGAGAUGAUAGGUUUACGUUUUUAGACUUGAGAAUUUAUGCGAAAAUGGCGACGAACUGGGCCGAGAGGAUCUCCGCAUUCUCCCGCAGUCCGACUCGCUUCCUCUCCGGGACAACCGCGGAGGCUUUUCUGGCGGAGCUGCUCCGGGAGCUCCGUGACGACAGAGCCAGUUACAGUGUCAAGGUCCUCCUGUUGUCUCCACUAUGUGAACACCCGACUCUGCUGUGUCCUUCAGACUCUGUCGGGGAGGAAACCACCCUGGAGCUCAUGUCAGUGUUCGCCCAGUGUCCUCCCAAGUUUGUCGGGUUUCGUUGCCACCUCCUCCUGGCCCUCACCUCCGUCCUCAUCUGCACUUCCUGUGCGAGCGGCCGCUCUCGUGCAAGCCAAGACUUUCUGGAUUUGCUCCUUCAGAUAAUCCAAGACCCCAGCGACCUCCACAGUGAUGGGUCCCUGCGUUCUCUCUGCGCCACAGCCUGUGACUGCCUGCGGGAGCUGGAGGCCUGCUGCCCCGGCCUCCUCUCCCAGCGAAUCGAGCUUUUGGGCGGGCUUCGGCAGCAAGAAACCUCCAGACUUCACCAGCCCUAUGCAGCACUUCAAACGCUGGUGUUGAGAAACGCGGUGUUUCAGCUCACGCAGGAGAAGGGAGCAGGCGCUGAGCAUCUUAAAGCUCUUCUGGGAGGGAUUACAUCAGUCGCGUGGGAAGCAGACCAAGACUCAGGACUGAUGAAUAACAAGGAUUCAGCUGUACUGUCCUCUCUUAUCCUGGGAAACAUGGGUGUGGUGCCGACUCUACAGACCGGACCGGAUUGUAAGGAGUUGCGAUCAGUCCUCUCCUCGCUGCUGGAGGAGUCGUACCUUCUCACUCCUCUGUGUCAAGCUGCGCUGCUGCAUCGACUAACGGAGGUGGUUGCCAUGGUGCCGAGUAUCCCUCCGGCCAUAUUCAGAGCUCAGCUGCUGCGACUGCUGGGCACCAGCGAGGUUUGCCUCCUUCACUCCACCCUGCUGAUGAAGUGCGCGUACACAGACAGCCUGUUCAGCGCCGAAGACGAAGCUUUUAUCCUCAAGCGGCUGGUGGUUCUCUCCCAGCACCCACGUCUGACUGCACCCGAGAAGCUUUUCUACAUGGACUGCAUCCUGCACUUUCCAGAGAACCGGCCUAUCGACUCGGGCGACGAGAGCCUCCCGGUGCUGCUGACUCCUCAGCUUGCUUCGGCUCUGGCGCCCACUGUGCUCAACGACAGCGCCACUUUGCUGUCCCGGUUCAACCUGUUGUCUCUGGUCCACCUGGAGGAGGGUGAGGAGGCGGAGGAGGGCCAGGGGCUGGAAUACCUCUACGAACACCUCACCUCACUGCUGCACAUAGUGGAGAACGGAGGCAGCAGGGAGAUAGUCGUCACCUUCUUCAGAGCCGUCUUCCUCUUCCUUUUCUACUUCCAUCACGUCGAGCGCUAUUCGACCGGCCUGACGGAGCAGCUGUGUAAGCUCUACCUCCGCCACACCCACCUGGCCCCGCACCUCAUCAACCUGGCCGACCAGACCCAGGAUAAACUAUCCGAGUCUAACUGGGCUGUGGGGCUUCUGACCGCUCUACAGAAGGCCAUCACCUCGCUCACCCAGCUCAGCGUAAAAGACGUAAAGUGGCACCUUAAGAUGCUAGCCCGAGUCGCAGAAGAAGGAGAAAUCCCCCAACGCAACACCCUCAGCUUCCUGUCCAAAGUCAUCACGCCUUCGUUCUCCUCAUUGUGUGAAAGCGGAGACUGGCGUCAGGGGAACAACGCUGGGGUUUGUCGCCGCCUGCUCGUCCACCCCAGCUUGGAUUCUUUGCUCAUCCCUCUGGCCGACAUCCUGCAGCAUCUCGCCAGGUGUUACAGAGACACGGACAUCCAGGACCACGCCCGACUCUACUACACCCUCCUCACCACGCUGUCCAGGGAGAAGCUGGCCGGAGUGAUGAUGCAGGGCACGACCGAGGGAGGACGGCAGGUCAAGAAGCGAUCGCUGUCGUCCUGCAUGUCUGAGGGCGAAGAGCUGACGAGCCUGCUAACCAUCCACCAGACGGAGAAAGCAAUAUUCAGGCUGACUGAGGCCCAAUCAGAGCCGCGACAACAAUCAAAAGACGUUGAUUUGGACCAGGAUGAGGCAGAAAACUGCCCAGAGGAGGCAAAUGCAGCACUGGAAGUGUACAGAGCUCAAUUCAGUGACCCUAGCUUUGCCUCAGAAGUCACCUUAAAGUACCAGCUGGCUCACACUAACGGCCACGACUCCCGCUUCGAUCACCUCUUCAGCAUCCGCCUCCACUUCGGCCACACCGACAAUCACUACGAAAAACUGCCCGACAUCAGCGUCUCGUGUCUUUUCAGAGAGAGGCCGUCGCCCGUAGUGCAGCUGAGACUGAAGCCCCGGCAGCCGUACCCCACCACCCUACACGCCACCGCCCUCUUCACCACCCAAGACGGACUGUCCUGGCACACCGCCGUGCCCGACAUCCACAUAGCUUUCGAGCAGACCUUCAUGCCUCUGCCUUCACCCCGAACCUGGGGACAAGACGGGAAGCUGAGUGCGUUUGAAGGAUUAUGGGAGGAAAUGUGCACCGAGAAAGGGGAAAGCGCUAUCAGUCUUUUCUGCUGCCAGCUAGAGGAGGCGGCUCUAAACGCGUUAGUGCGGAAACACUUCCUCUCCUACCUUGUAUCAGACCCGUCUCAGAAAGAAGAGCUCAAAGUGCUUUUUUUCCUCCCACCGCAGUGCCACAUACUGCUGAAGAUCAGAUCCAAGGAGGACGCCGUGCACUUCAACAUCGCCACAGACAACUGGCAGCUUCUUCCUCACAUUGGUUCUUACCUACUGACAAUCACAGCUGCUCAGGAAGACCCUCCCAGCUGAUCAUCUCGUUUUUAAACUACCAAAAAUGAUGACUUUUAAUAUCAAUUUUUGAUCAAUGGAAUAUUAAAUGACUAAGAACAGUUGAUUUAAAAUAAAAUAAUUGCACUUUAUUAUUGCCAUUUUCUCUGUGAAAUUAAACAAAUGUGUGAAAUUAAA